AUGGACCAAAAAAGACUGGAAAACCAACAGAGGGUUUUUUUAAUUUUCUGCCACAAACAGAAAUGGCCUUGUAAUGAGAUUUCCAGUGAGAACAUCAUGUACGGUCUGGACAAGUGUUCCCAAGAAGAAAUGGAACAUGCAGCACGUCUGGCUAAUAUUCACGAUUUUAUCGUUAGCCUUCCUGAGAGCUACAGUACGGUGGUCGGAGCAAAAGGUGGACUGCUGUCAGGUGGACAAAAGCAGCGUAUCGCCAUUGCUCGUGCUAUCGUCAGAGAUCCGAAGAUACUGCUGCUCGACGAGGCUACUAGUGCCCUAGAUACAGAAAGCGAAAAGGUGGUGCAAGAAGCCUUGGAUCGAGCACGACAAGGAAGAACUUGCUUAGUUAUAGCUCAUCGGUUAUCUACCAUACAGAAUGCCGAUCUUAUUGUUGUGUGUCGUGAUGGAAGAGUGGCCGAACAUGGAACACAUCAAGCAUUACUGGCCAGGAAGGGGAUCUACUACAAGCUCGUCGAGAGACAAAAUCGCUAA